ACGGUGUUCUACUCCAAGGGGAAUUUCCUAAAGAGGAACAGACCUUGCCCUAGGGAUGUGUUUUGUUCUCUGCUGUGUGGUAAAUCACUGUCUGCUCCUGCAGUUUCCUGCUCCUGCAGGUGGAUGACAGUGGCUGAUUCCCCUAAUCAUCACAGGGUAACCUGCACUCAGGGUUCUGCACAUUGUUCCAGUGCGGCAAUGAGCACAGGGCCUGGUGAAUUGGGGGAAAUGAACUCUUGGGCUGCAAAAGCUGCAAAAAAAGGCCUUUGUAACAUUGAUCUGACCCAACCAAAGUGUCUGCUGCUGUUUCUUACAUUACUGAGCUCUUGCAGUGUGUUGCUGCUGCCUUUGCUUUCUGUGUGCCUGGGUCUGGCAGUGAGUCCCAUGCCCUGGGCCCUGUGGAGCCUUUUGAGGAGUAAAUGCUGUUGCUGUGUGGUGGAUCUCUAAGCCCCCUUCCUGCCAUGAACAUCAUUCCCGUGCCUUUCUCUCUCUCUCCCAGGUCCUGUCUCUAUACAAGUAGGGAGUAGAAAUUACGGGCUGGAGCCAUCCAGUAUCAAGUGUGUUUGUAUUUGCCCAACCAGGGUUUUAUCUGCACUGAUUAACUCCACUCAUUGGAAACUUGCUUUCCCUGGAAUCUGUUUCAAUUCUGUCCUCAAAAAUGGCCUAAAAUGCUUGUCCUGCAGCUUGUCCCUCAGGUCCUUAAAUCCCUGUUAAUGCUUCCCCUGUUGCUUGCAUUUUGUCCCCCCUGUGGUUCUGCUGAGGUCAGACUUCCCUUUUGUUUGCUUUCCCUUCUGCCUUCUGCUAACGAGACAUUUUUAUGAUUUUUCAGCAUUCUAGGUGCUUUUGUGGAGUGCAGGUUAAAAGUACAGGCCGUUAAUGCAACAAAUGCUACUGUGCUGUCUACAAAUGCCCAAGGGGAGCAAACUGGGACAUCUCCCAGCAUGUCCCUCCCACCCUGUCCCACUAAUCCCUGCACAGGUUCUUGCCCCUCACUGCUGUGUUUGUUCCCAGUGUUUGCCAGGACUAUGCCAUUGGGAAAGGGUUUGGCUGGGAGGGUGAUUGUGGAGGCUGGGCUGGAUUUCUGCCCUUCCCUGGGCAGUGCAGUGUCCAGUGCACUUUGAUCCCUGGAGGGAGGCUUGGCAGAGGCAGCUGGCACUCUGCCCAAGCUGGGAACGGGCUCCACAGCACGCCUUGCUGCCUUCCCAGGAGAGAGAGGGUGGGAGUGUGUGGGUCAGGAUGAGGCCUCUGCUCUGGGCUGCCUGCAGCCAGCUGCUGCCCAGGGCAGCUGGGCUCUGUGCUCCCAAGCCAGCUGUGACCACCAUGGUGACAGCAUCACACCACAGCCUGCGGCCUCCAGCCUUUCUGGCUGCCUCCAGCUCCCCAGCCUGUGUGUCUGCAGGGCUCCUCCAGCCCCUGGUCCCAGGGAGCAGAGCCCCCAGCUGCCGGAGCUCACAGUUCAACGUGCCUCCCAGUGCCCUGCUCGUGGCCCGGCCUGUGGGGGUCUGCUCCAUGAUGAGGCUUCCCGUGCAGGCGUCUGCGGAGGGACUGGACGUGGCGUUUGUGGGUGUCCCGCUGGACACAGGCACGUCCAACCGGCCGGGAGCCAGGUAAGGGCCAGCCAGGGAAGCUCAUGCUUCCCUCUGGCCAUCGGGCACGGCNNNCGCACCCUUCGACUCCCUGCGGGUGGCCGACAUCGGGGACGUGAACGUGAACCUCUACAACCUGCCCGACAGCUGCCACCUCAUCCGGGACUCCUACCAGGAGAUCGUGGCCUCCGGCUGUGUGCCUCUCACCUUGGGUGGAGAUCACACCAUAACAUACCCAAUCCUGCAGGCCCUGGCUGCAAAGCACGGUCCCGUGGGGCUGGUGCACGUGGAUGCCCACACGGACACCGGGGACAUGGCCCUGGGGCAGCGGAUCUACCACGGGAGCUCGUUCCGGCGCUGUGCGGAGGAAGGGCUGCUGGACUGCGGCCGCGUGGUGCAGAUCGGCAUCCGAGGCUCCUCCUAUGACCCCGAUCCCCACAAGUACUGCCGGGAACAGGGUUUCCGCGUGGUCCCAGCUGAGCAGUGCUGGAUGAAGUCCCUGGAGCCGCUGAUGAGGGAGGUGAGGGCGCAGAUGGGGGAGAGGCCGAUGUACAUCAGCUUCGAUAUCGAUGGGCUGGACCCCGCCUACGCCCCGGGCACCGGCACCCCCGAGAUAGCCGGGCUCACACCUGCACAGGCUUUGGAGAUUAUUCGUGGCUGCAAAGGCCUGAACAUAGUGGGGUGUGACCUUGUGGAAGUUGCGCCAAUGUAUGAUGUCUCUGGCAAUACAGCCCUCCUGGGGGCAAACCUACUGUUUGAGAUGCUGUGUGUCCUCCCAGGAGUGAAGACACUGUGAGGGCAGUUCCCACCUGCCCUGGGGCAACGCUUCUCUGUGUUCUCAGCCAGGCUUUCCAUGCCCCCUUCCCUUCAGACAGCUGCAGCCAGCAUGGGUUUUGCAGCAUGAAAUAAAUGCCAUUUACUACUAGAAAAGGUAUUUUUUAGCUGGGAAACUGUAGGGAACAGGCUAGACACCCCAUUUAACAGGGGUCUGGAGCUUUGGAGCUGGCCUGGGAAAGGCAUAGAUGAGGCUAAUGCCAUUUUGCCUCUGGAAUGAUUCACCCAGCUCACAGGACUCCUGGAAAAACUCUCACUGGUGAAUGAUUUGUCCCAUUAGGAUGCUGCAGCAGGAUAAUGAAUUUGGAAGAAGGGAGGACAUGGAGGGGGCCUGAGCCUCCUGCUGAGAGUAGGGAGAUAUUUGUCUAGAUUGCCUGCUGGUGAAAUAACCAGGAGUUUCCUAUGGCAGGAGCAGUUUUAACGCUCCUGAAAUUUCUGAGAGGACAUGGAGGUGAGGUUAGUUUGGACAUGGAGACACAGAGCCACCUCAUCACACAUUAAAAUAGUUUAUUUUGGUUGCGAAACUGUAAUUGUCUUAAAACAAAAUGACAUCAGUGCCUGAUCACAAAUACAAAAACAAAACAAAACCCCCCAAAAAUAAAAAAUACAAGUUUGCCAAAUAAGUUAAUUUCCCCCCUCCCAGUAUCAAAAGUGCAAAAUAGGUACCUAGUUCUCAGUCCUACUUGUCAGGCUGCGCUCGUGUCCUGGCUCCUGGUUGCUGUGGGUGAAGGGCAGAGACAGAGACAGGAAGGAGUUUGGGAACAAUCUCCACUCUGGGGCCUGUAUCCCUUUCCCUCAGCUCUGAGCACUGUGCCAUCGCUCAAAUCUCACUAGGAAAGUGCACUAGGACCCAAUCUCCUCAAUCUUUGGAUUACAAAUCACCACGUGUGGAACAGAAUCACAAGUGUUCAGAAAAUGAUGGGGUGAUGGUUCAUGGCUGCUGGGAGAGGGCAAAUCCUGGGAUAAGCAGCUCUGACUGUGGUCUCAAGACAGCAAACACCUGGAGUGCCAUGCUGGCACUAACCAGGGGGCAGAGCAGCUUGGCUUUUGCUUCACUUAGGCAAAAUUUCCAUAAAAAUCCAGGAGCUGUGCUCCUGUCCAGCCCCAGCCAGCACCAGUGGACUGAUGCAAACACUCCCUGGCUGAAAGGGGAGGUUACCUGUGCUAAAAAGAAAAUAAACCCAAUGAUUCUGGCAGCAUGCAACACAAAAUGGAUGUGAAGGCCAUAAAGCCUUCUCCCCUUCCUCAGGGUUGGGCUGAAUUCCCUCACUGUAGCAUAACUAGGCACUUUUUCAUGAGUUGUGGGUUUUCUCCUUCUUUCUGAUCAGCUGAAGAAACAGCAGAGAGCCAAAGAGCAUUCUUCUGCUAUUGCAAAUGUUUAAGAUGUUAUGUGGAGCCUUCUGCUGGGCUAAAAACUAUUCCAACCACAUCCUGCAUGGCAAGCUGUGGGAAAAGUGCAGGAGUGCUGCAGUGAUUGCUCCAGCCAGGUGGAAAUGAAGUCUGGAAGCAUCAGGCUGGUGUUUCACUCCCUCUCUGCUCUCUAUCAGCGCUGCCUGUGUGCCUUCACAGGAGCUUCACAGGAGCUCCUGGGCAGGGAGAAGACUUCACCUUCCUUCCUUCCUUCCCUCUACUUUAGUGCCUCAUUCCAUGGCCCAGAGUGCACUGGGCUGGAAUUAACUCACAUUAAUUAACCUCACAUAGGGAUAGUUUGUAGUAUUGCAGCCUUUAUUUGAAGCACGUUGUACAGGGGAUCUGAGGUACCUGUGGGGGCUGGAGCAUGCCAGUCUGCUCCCAGGAUGGGGAAAUGCAAUGAGGCAGGGCUUUGGGAGCAAUUAGGGCACACAGGGAGUGCAAUGACUGGAGCAUUCCCAACUUCUCUGCGGGAUCAGCAGCUAGCUCAGGGGUUGGCA